CGUCCCAACUGCAGCGGUAGAUGCAGAGUCUGGUGUCAGCAGUCAGCCGUUCUCUGACGAGGAGACGCUGAGAGGGUGGAUUGCUGUGUGUGUGGCCUGAGCCUGGGGAUUCCUGUUGUGUCAGUAGGGCUUCUCGUAUCCAUUCCCACCUGUGCUUUCUUCAUGUGAGAGAUGCCUCGUGCGAAGAACGUACGGAUGACCAAACCUGCUCGCCAGGCUGAGCAGACAGUUCAUGCUGCGCGUGUUCAAGGCACAGCUCAGAGACCUGCUCCUCCUUCCCCCUUGCGACAUCGAGAGGGGAGGGCUAGGAACAGGAUCAGGAACGCUUCACUUAAGUCGUUGGGAGCUGAUUAUGUUGUUGCCUUCGAGGGCGGAGUGGAGUGGUGCAAGUUCAGCAGUGCGCGAGAACUCAGUUGCUUUGCAUGGGCAGUAGUCCAAGCGCACGGCAUGGAGGGCAAGUCACGAACGGCAACUUUCACAUUGCCACCUGUGGUAACGGAACUAGUUCAGUCGGGAAUGGAGCUUGGGGAUGCUGAUGAUCGAGUAUUCCAACGGACAAACAGCAAACAGGAAAAUGGCACAGUUGGAAUUCUGACAAAAGACAUUCUGACUAGAGAGACGUACUACAGGCAUGCUGUGAUACUAGCACUCAUCCCAUUUACCAACCUGGAGCUGUACGGACAAAAUGCGGGAGAGGCAAGAUCAGGAGUCAGCUGCAGAUAAGGAGUCGAGGGCACAAUUGCGUGGAAAAAUUGGAGGGAGGAAUUGCAGAUUUGGGGGCUCCUUUUCUUUCCCGUGCGUUUUCAGUAUUUUAUCAG